UUUUUUUAAGUUUAAUUUAUAUUCAAUUUAACUUGGCAACUCUGUUUAAUCAACAAGUGGGCCGGUGUUUUGGGUUUGUUUGUUAACCGAUAACCAAACUUGAUAAUCUUUCAAAGAAGAUAAUGUCGGAAGGAAUUGUUUUUGCUGUAAUUACCAUCAGUGACACAUGCCACGAAGAUGCCACCAAAGACCGCAGUGGCCCUCGUUUGGUACAAUUGAUCUCGGAGAAUUUCGAGAAUCCUCGAAUUCUCAAGGAAAUUUUACCCGAUGAAAAGGAACUUAUCAAACAGAAGCUACUCCAGUUGUCAUCUCCUGAAGUUUCAACGGCUUGCAUUCUAACCACCGGGGGCACGGGCUUUGCUGCCCGCGAUGUUACCCCCGAGGCUACAAAAGAAGUUCUGGACAAGGAGUGUCCACAACUUGCCAUGGCCAUUGGCAUGCAUUCACUGCAAAAAACCAAAUUCGCCGCCCUUUCGCGUAGUGUCUGUGGCAUUGCUGGGAAAACUUUAAUCAUAAAUUUUCCCGGAAGUGAAAAGGCUGUUGUGGAAUGUUUUGAUUAUAUAAAGGACCUGCUGCCGCAUGCUCUGCACUUGAUUAACAAUGAUUUGGCUUUGGUACGCAAAACUCAUGAGAAAUUGCAGGGCUCCAGUGUGGCCCAAUCACCUACACCUCAUGUUUGUCCCCACAAAACGGGUAAGGGGGAUGGUGUAGAUCGCAACUCACCAUAUCCCAUGUUGCCCGUAAACGAAGCAUUAAAUCUCAUCCUGCAGACCGUAAAAACUCAGGAAACAUUGCCUAAUCUAUUGAAAAACUUUAAAUCACCCGUUGACAUACCACCAUUUAGGGCUUCCAUUAAAGAUGGCUAUGCCAUGAAAUCGUCCGGAUUUUCGGGAUCCAAAAAGGUAAUUGGUUAUAUAUCAGCUGGAGAUUCAAUUAUUAGCGAUGACUUCGAAGAAGAUGAAUGUUAUAAAAUCAAUACUGGGGCUCCGGUACCCUUGAAGGCUGAUUGUGUUGUACAAGUCGAGGAUACCAAGCUGCUUAAGACCAAAAAGAAUGGCCAAGAGGAUUUGGUGGAAAUACUGGUGGAACCCAAAAAAGAUUUGGAUAUAAGGCCCCUUGGCUGUGAUUUGUCGAAAAAUUCUCCCCUCUUUCCCAGUGUGGAUCUUUCACCGGUUGUGGUGAAAUCCCUUAUGGCCUCGGUGGGCCAUGCAGUGCCUUUGCACAAACCCCUGGUGGCAGUCAUCUCCACAGGCAGUGAAUUGUUGGAUCCCCAAGACUAUCCCAUUGAGGGAAAGAUCUAUGAUUCAAAUACCACCAUGCUGAGACAAUUGCUGCAAUAUUUUGGCUUUGAAUGUUUUGUAACCAAGGUUUUGUCCGAUGAUUUUGAAGAGGUCUCCGAAACCCUCAGCUCCAUUUAUGAUGAAGUAGACUUUGUCAUAUGCAGCGGCGGUGUUUCCAUGGGCGAUAAGGAUUUCAUUAAGCCGGUUUUGCAGAAGCUGGGUUUCCAACUACUGGUGGGACGUGUCAACAUGAAACCAGGCAAACCCAUGACAUUUGCCGCCAAAGGUGAUAAAUAUUUCUUUGGCUUACCCGGCAAUCCUGUAUCGGCCUUUGUGUGCUUCCAUUUGUUUGCCUUGCCAGCCGUUAGAUGGUGUUCUGGCUGGACUCAAGAGAAAUGCAUGUUACCGGUGGUGCAAGUCAUUCUGGAAAAUCAAAGUGUACCAUUAGAUCCCAGACCUGAAUAUAUGCGUGCCACAAUCACAAGCCGUAAUGGUCAACUUUAUGCUUCGAUUACCGGCAAUCAGAUGAGUAGCCGCUUGCAAAGUAUUGUUGGAGCCGAUGUACUGGUGCAUUUACCGGCACGCACCGAAACUAAAACUGAAGCCAAAGCUGGUGAUAUAUUGCCAGCCAGUGUAUUGCGUUACGAUUUCAUAACGAAAUAUGAAUGAAAGUUAGAUGCCUAACGAUGUCGUCAAGUCUCGGCGGCCAACUUGCCUGGGUGCCUGCCUGCCAGCCAGUGAAGCAUGGCUUUUUGGAAACCCAAACCUACACACACACACAUACGCACGCAGCUUAAAAAUUGCAAUACUUAAAAUUUUGAAAAAAAAAAAAUGAAGAAACAUCACAACAAAUUUUGUUAUUUGAAUAUAUUUAUUAGAUUAGAUUUCAUUUAAAACAAAAUGUUUUAUAUUAAAUUUAUUAUUAAAUUUUCAUUGAUUUGAAAGAGUUACAAUAUAUAUGUAUACGUAUAAAAUUUCAA